UAGCAGAGACCGGGAAGAUGCUCCUUUGCCACAAAAUCCAAGUGAAGUCACAGUGAAUGCAGAGCGUGUGCUGCGUCCCUGCGGCUGUAUGGCGGCUGUAUUUGGUGUAUUCACGUGAUCUGGAUCCUGAUUGGGUCUGAAUCUCAAAUCUUUGAACAUCCAAAAGACGAGGAACAGAGAUAAACAAGAGAGACAGCUAGGCAAGAGACUGGAGAAGAAGAGAUAGCGGACGCUUCAUUACGAGAUAGAAAGGCACCCUGUCUAGCGAGAGAGUAGAGUAGAGUAGACGACGAGGACGAGGACGAGGACGAACACGAAGCAGACUCGCUGACGAUAAACAAGAGCUACAGCUGCCUACGGGAACUCAUCAUCCCAGACGGUGGGUGAGAGGACCGCCUUCGAUCACGAACAAGAUACAGCCAGGAGCUGCAGACACAAUGGCAGAGAGCGAGCUUGCUCCCAAGUUUGCCCCCUUUAUCGGGAUGGUUAGUUCUGGUUCCCUGUUGUUGUUAUUGGAUGGCCGGGCUUAAAGUCAUGGACUAACCUCUUAUCAUCGACGGACCAGGCCGGUAUAGCUUCUGCUGUAAGUACCUAUCUACGACACCAACUUAUCAAAGGGCAUUGCUGAUGGAUGCAUUACUAGAUAAUCUUUGGAUGUACGUUUGGCCUUCCUGUGCACAAUGGGAAUAUAGGAAUCUCCUCAUACUGACAAUGUUACCCUUUCCAGGUGUAGGAGCGGCAUAUGGCACAGCAAAGGCCGGAAUUGGUAUUGCUGGUGUCGGAACAUUCAGACCUGAUUUGAUUAUGAAGUCACUGAUACCCGUUGUCAUGGCCGGUAUCAUCGCCGUGUACGGACUUGUCGUUGCCGUUCUGAUUGCCGGAGAUCUGGGGCCACCACCAGAAACGCAGUAUAGUUUAUAUGCGGGAUGUUUACAUCUUGCGGCUGGUCUCUCAGUCGGCCUUGCAGGCCUGGCUGCCGGUUACACUAUUGGAAUCGUCGGCGAAGCUGUAAGUUGUGCCACUACAGCUCUGCUUGAUCCUGUACUAAAAAAAAGAUGCCUAGGGAACACGCGCGUAUAUGCAACAGUCCAAGGUGUUUGUAGGAAUGGUCUUGAUAUUGAUUUUUGGCGAAGUCCUGGGUCUAUAUGGUUUGAUUGUUGGUCUGAUUCUAAACUCGAAGAGUUCUGCAUAGACGUGCUUCAUUUCUCGAGAACUUUUGCUGUCGUUUAAUGGACACUUCUGCUUUCUCCCUUUCAUAUUAUUUACCAUCUCAUCUGCCACGUACCACUUACCACCUACCAUCUACUAUAUCCUGCUAUCUCCAGCAGACAGCAUGCUCUCCAACGUGCCCCCUUGCUGUAUAUACUCCAGCACCGCGCCCCAAACUGCCAUCUAGCCAGGUAUCGGGCUGUUUCGGGAUGUUCUUACCAUUCUUUCUUGCUCUAGACCUGCUUCCUGCGCUCUGCAUGUACUCUACCAAUAACUAAUAUCAUCGUCUCUUGUCUGCUUCCACCUUCCGCUUCCUCUUCCGCCUCCCCCUGCCGUCCUCCUUUCUUCCUCCUCUCUCCCGCCCUGCUCUUCCCUGUCCAUAUACCUGACUAAGCCAUGACUAAUCUCCU